CGUAAAGGACGAGACCCCAGCUCGCAGUUCACUCGAAGAUGUCAACGUCAGCUUGGACGCUGGGUCCUCAAACUCCAGGAGAAAAUAGGAGGUAGACUAUUGCCAGACCUCAGUCGACAAGUUCAGACGAGACUCCAGAGACCAACAUCCUUCCGACACGCCAGCGUUCACAAGAGGAGCUAACUAUUUGGGAUCCAGUUACGUUUUGGAGACGGACACUAACACAGUGUUCCGUGGACGUGUUUGUUGAUGCACUGAAAUACUGGAUCCCGGAUGCUGUCUUACUAAAGAGGAGGGGAAGCCUGUUGAGUCAAACGGACAAGAAGUUCAAGUGUUAAUCAUUGUCUGGACUCCUCUAACCUGACGCGGACCACUGCCCUCCUCUGGCAUCACACACACACACACACACACAUAGAUAGAUAGAUAGAUAGAUAGAUAGAUACUUUAUUGAUCCUCAAGGGGAAAUUCAGCACAUAGACGGCAUCCUGACUGUCAAAAGAUGGAUGUGUGUGAGUAACUGCAGCAGUUUCCUUCAUCAUUUGCCUUGAUGAAGACUAGGAAUACAGACUUCCUGGCUCCACAGACACCUGGCUGAGGUGCUUCCUCACCUGUCCACCAGGGGGCUCCAGUUGCUCCUGUGCUGACGAUGUUCUCUGCGGUGUGCAAGGUGGCCAGGAGGGCCAAGCUCCUCUUCCUGCUGCUGCUCUCUCUGGUGCUGCUGGUCUGGAUCACCGCCUUCGCCGGGAGCGACACCGUCAAGGCCAUCCAGGAGGGCCCGCGUCUGAUUUGGGGGAGUGCUGGGGACCUGCGCAACAUCAACUCUUUGCUUGGGGGGGGCAAACACGACCCCCCCUCCUCACAGCUACCUGCAGCCAGCGCUGAGAAACCUCCAAGGCCCCCGCUGCAGAACUGCCCAGAGCGCUCACCAUUGCUGCGUGGCGCUAUGGCCCUGUCCUUCCCGCCCUCGCUGUCCCUGUCGGACGUUGAGGAGGAGAACCGCGAGCAGCUGUCUCCGGGGGGCCAGUCGCAGCCUAGCGACUGCAUCAGCAGGCAGAAGGUUGCCGUGCUGAUCCCCCAUAGAAACCGCGAGAAGCAUCUCCUCUACCUGCUGCACUACCUGCACCCUUUCCUGCAGCGACAGCAGCUAAACUACGGCAUCUACGUCAUUCAUCAGGCUGGCGAUGUCACGUUUAACCGUGCAAAACUGCUGAACGUGGGCUACCUGGAGGCUCUGAAGGAUCAGCCGUGGGACUGCUUCAUCUUCCACGACGUGGACCUGGUGCCCGAGAACGACCUGAACCUCUACACCUGCCACGCCCAGCAACCCAAACACCUGGUGGUGGGGCGCAACGUGACGGGAUACAAGCUGCGCUAUAAGGGCUACUUUGGAGGUGUGACGGCAAUGACGAAAGAGCAGUUCUCCCGUGUCAACGGCUUCUCCAACGGCUACUGGGGCUGGGGAGGGGAGGACGACGACCUCCGAAUACGGGUGGAGCUGCAGAAGAUGAAGAUUGUGAGGCCUUCGUCUGAGGUGGCCCGAUACACCAUGGUGUUCCACAAGAGGGACAGUGGCAACGAGAUCAACAAGGACAGGAUGUCUCUGUUGCGGCGGACUCCUCACAUGUGGCGUUCAGAUGGGCUCAACUCCUGUUCCUAUAAAACCAUCUCCAUCCAGAAAGUUCCGCUCUACGUCAACAUCACAGUUGAGAUUGGCCAUCCCUAGACGUGUGUGUGUGUGCGCGCGUGUGUGCGCGCGUGCGUGCGUGUGUGCGUGCGUGUGUGUGUGUGUGUUGCCCUGCUCUGUCAACAUCACAGUUGACACUGACCAUCCCUAGAUUGCCGUGCGUGUGUUGGUCCAAAAUAAGCUUUUCCUCCCAUCCACAACCUGUGUGUGUCACAAACACUACACAGCCUCCCUCCCAGGUUUGUCCAGCUAAGAGCAACUCCUCAAAUCUGUUCAGGAUCAGUUGCUGCGGAUGCUGCAGUGUUACUGAGGAACCUUCCUUAUUCGAGGCUAUCCGUUCUGAUGCUGAAGAUGCUUCCCUACCUGUGACUAUCCGUAUCUGAUGCUAAAGAUGCUUCCCUAUCCGAGACUGUGGGUGCCUCUCAACCUCUCCUCGAUGCUCGGUCCUCCAGACCAGGCUCGUUCCCACUGAUCUAUAACUAACACUGGAUAGACUAUCCCAUUGUUGCCGCCCCAUCAUUCUUUAUCUAGAUCAGUGGGAACGAGGACGAAGGAAGGAAAGAGGAUAGAUAAAAAGACAAAUGAGAGGCACCCUAUCUGUCUUUAAUGCUGAUGAUGCUUCAGCGUGGACUGAGGAACCUUCCUUAUCUGAGGCCAUCCGUAUCUGAUGCUAAAGAUGCUUCCCUAUCCGAGACUAUCUGUCUCUGAUGCUGAGGAUGCUUCAGUGUGGCCUGAGGAACCUUCUUUAUCCGAGGCUUUCAGUCUCUCAUGCUGAGGAUGCUUCAGCCUUAUUGAGGAACCUUCCCUAUCAGAGGCUGUCUGUAUUUGAUGCAGAGAUUGCUUCACCGUUGACUGAGAAACGCACUUCCACAGAGGCCGCAUCCUUCAGAUGGGGGAAUUGCUUCUGACACUACAAAAUAGGGAAGAUAUGGAAAUACAUAUGUUAUUUAGCGGUUCUGAAUUUCUGUUUCUUUUUCCUUGGAUGAUGUUAUGUUCUUAUUUCUAUACGGUUGAUCUGUUUAAACUGACGUCUCUUGUUGUGUGUCUGCUAAGAUGGUCUGAAAGGACACAUUUCAACAGUCUAAUGAUGGUUUUCCACUGAAUGCUAUCUGCUCAUUUCACCUCGACUUUACUCACAGUUUUUGAUUUUCUAUAAGGAAGAACUGGUACCAGGUUCUAUUUUUGGGCUUAUCUCUGUCAAGGUUCCGAGUGAGCUGGGCCAAUACCAAAGGGGAAGUGAAAGUAUCGCUGGUUACUGAUUGGUUUUCUGAUUGGUUUUCUGAAUGGUUCCUUUGUAACAUUCUGAACAAGGCUGCCAUUUUCAAUAACUUUGCCAUACUGUCAGUGCUAGUUCGACAAGCAAGCUGCCGUUAUUGACAGUAACAUUACAUUAUUAUUCAAAACCGGUCUAUUCGUAAAUUCAGUCUGGCACUCUGACAAUGGAAUUAGCGAAAAGCAUUCGGCCUCUCUCUACGGUCUGAUUUCCUCCGUCAUUACAAUUGUUGUUACUGUGUGUCCCAUGUUAAUGACGCUUUGGUAGUUUCUUUCCGCAACGCUAUCCCACCCAGUUACGUAAAAGGCAAGGAGUACAUUUUCAUGGUGGAGAAGGAAGCACCUGGUGAGCCAAAACUCAGUCGAGUUGAACAGGUACCUUUCAAUGGAAACUGGCAUAACAAUGACUGGAAGGAGCUUGACACUGACAGGUUACAAGUUAACUACGUUGAUUUUUUUUUUUAGUCAAGAUGUGAAAGUGACUCACUCUCCCCCCUCGUGCACAUGAGACACACGUCCUAUGCAUAUACAGACACUCCAGAGUUUACAUGGGUAACACACAGAUAUACCCCCCCAUAUACACUGUUGCAGAAGCGAAUGUAGACUCACCCACCUCGAUUUUACUGACACAUAAAAGAUUCUUACAGCCAAGAAGGGAAUGUGUUGCCAAGCUGAGUGGCAUAUUUUAUUUGUUUUAUAUGUCUGUGAAUGUAAAUCUGACUGGAACUCAUUGUCGUCCUUAUCAGAGCAUUGGGACUGCAUUAGUUUUAUAAGCCCUGUAGGAGGCGUUUUGUACUGUGAAAAAAAAAGAACAUAUUGAAUGUGUCAGAUCAGAGCCAUAUAGAUACACUAUUAUGGCUCUGUAUCAGAUGAGACAGGUCACCAAGGUAACUUUGGGCAGGUGUUUGUUUACAGCUAGAAUCUAGAACUAGAAAAACGUAACCAGGAGAACGCAUUGAUCAUCAUCUCCAUGCCAACAGGAAUAGUGUAAAUUCCAAUGGGACUCCUAGGCUAGUCCCUCAUGGCCUUCUACCCAUCCGUCCCAGAGGCCAUGACUGAAGGACUUCAACCAGCGGUGCCUUACUGCAGUUUAGUUCCAUGUUUCAGUAGGUUCCCCCGUGUAGCUUGUUACCAAGAGGAUAAUGAGAUGUUUUUGUUGAUUAUUAAUGGAUAUUUAUUUUGCCCACCAGAAGCGUUUGUCUGAAGGAGGAGUUGCCAUUUAGCUACCUAGAACUCGUAAUAAAGCUCUUCACGGUUUGGCCUUCUAUGAAAAAGGUGGAUAAGAUUGUUUUUGAGCCCUGGAAUCAAGAUUAUUCUUGUAAUCAUUACAUUAUCAUAGUGAGUGUUUCUUUGAGUGAGACCUUAAAGGGAAAUUCAAAACUUUUUAAAAUACCUUUGACUAUCCUUUUCAUUGAAUUGUUUUAGUCCCUUUCUUUGUGUUUUGAAAGCCUAUAUAUGUUUGACUAGGUUUUAAAUGGUUGAACAAUUAGUAGGGUACAAAAUUGAAUAAAUGGGAGUAGAGAUUAUGGAAUGGAAAGGUCAUAUAGUACGAUAAUAAUUUGACCUUUGAACAAAAUCAAGGGGGUGUUUUUUAAAAUGUCAAUCCUAAUGAUUUCCUUGUUGAUUAAAGCCUGUUGAUUAAAAUCUGUCUU